AUGGGUAGGAGCCGCUUGCUGCUCGCUGAUCCAGCGAGCCGCGGUGAGAGUUGCAGCCUUCUGCCGUCUCUCCGUCUCGGGGAACUGCGCAUCGAUCGUGAAGCUCUGCGGAUUGUUUGCGAAGACAGGGUGCCUUCGGCAAAGGCAGAUCAGUUUCCGGUGGACGUCGCUUCGGGGGAACCCGACGGUGAAACCGCAUGGCUGCCGCGGACUGACGCAGCCGCCGCCGACCCAGCGCUAUCCAGCGCCGCCUUGAAAACUUGCCGCCGGCACGUUUGCGAAGGCUGUGGACAUAGUCGCGCGUUCUGGUGUGGGAGUUGCCACCAGGCAGUAGGCUCGCCGGAGGCUUUGGCGCGAAUUCCCCGUCUUGAGUUGCCUCUAACGUUUCACAUAGUUCGACAUCCCAAGGAGAAAGCAACGAAAUCAUCAGCUGUCCCCCUGUCCAUUCUGGCGCCCGGACAAGUCCACAUUCACAUGUUUCCUGAUCUCCCUCCGGCGCUUUUCACUGAGGGCGAUGCUGCAGCGGUGUCUGCAGGAGACGUGCGAGAACAUGGACAGGGCGCGAGGAGGCGACUUCACGUGCUCCUGCCGGACGACGACGCGACGUCGAUCGAUCAGGUAAACUGGGAAGAGGUGGAAGGUUGCAUACUUCUCGACUGUACGUGGUUCCAGGUUCCUGGCAUGCGCCGGCAUCCCGCACUGGCUCAGCUACCGAAGAUCUCCUUAGGCGCACACAGCUCAGUCUUCUGGCGACAGCAUAAACACAACGAGCCCUGCUACCUCUCUACCGCAGAGUGCGUGUAUUACGUUCUUCUUGCAUGCCACGAGGCUACUGAGAGGGACACGUCUCAGGCACUCGCAAAGAGAAUAAAGACUGGUCAAGAAACCGCCAUACACAAUGAGUCUGCAUUCCCUGUAGUGGAGGAGCCAGGCUCGACAAAAUCCCCUGGGCUGCGAAUCUCAGAAACUUCGCAGGACGAAAGUGAAGAUAGUGUUACUUUUAGUACACGUCGGUGCAUAUCUUCUCCGGAAAAGACGAGGCGUGUGAGUCCACACCCGCGAACUGGUUGCCGUGAUCCACAUGGGUUCUCGAGGCCUGAGAUCAGCAGAGAGUCCUCCAGCGCACCGGACUGCCUAGACAGCAGGCCCCGACCAACGUCGAAGCAGGAUAUGGAGGAAACCGAGAAGCUGCAGGAGAAUCCACAUGUAAAUCGGGGGCGCCUCUACGACGGGAGGUAUGACAACAUUUUGUUUUACUUCGUUCUGUGCCACAGUAUUGUCUUAGACGAUCAACGCAGGCGGCUUGAGGAAAGGCAAAUCAAGGGUCGUCUGAUUGACAACGGGCAUAUUUGA